AUGGCACCCACCAAGUACGCCGUUGUAGGCACCGGAGGACGCGCCGCGUUCUUCUACAGCGCCAUCGUUCGGGAUUUCAAAGAUAGCGCAUCCCUUGUGGCGUUUUGUGAUACAAAUCAAACACGAAUGGAUGUGGCCAAUACCCGGGUACAGGAAUUAGGAUUGGCGCAAUUGCCGACCUACAAGGCAGUUGAUUUUGAUCGUAUGAUCGAAGAGACGAAACCCGAUACGGUGAUAGUAACGACUAUUGACCGGACUCAUCAUGAAUACAUCAUCCGCGCUAUGCAGUUGGGAUGCGAUGUGUUGAGCGAAAAGCCGAUGACUGUGGAUGAGAUCAAGUGUCAGAUGAUUCUAGACGCUGUCAAGGAGACCAAGCAACAGUUGCGCGUUACGUUCAAUUACCGAUACGCGCCUCACAAUACCAAAGUGCGUGAGCUGUUAAUGGAUGGUGCUAUUGGUAAAGUGACUUCGGUGCACUUUGAAUGGCUCCUGAACACCCGUCACGGUGCAGACUAUUUCCGUCGCUGGCACAGGGAUAAACGCAACAGUGGUGGUCUGCUUGUUCACAAGUCAACUCAUCAUUUUGAUCUGGUGAACUUUUGGCUGGGAAGUCGCCCAUCGACUGUUUUUGCGCAGGGUGACUUGAAAUUUUACGGCAAAGAAAAUGCCGAAUCUCGAGGAGAGACUAAGUUCUACUCUCGAGCUCAUGGAAGUGCUGCGGCGGUCAACGAUCCUUUUGCUCUCCAUAUGGAAGACCAUCCCCAGCUCAAGGCUAUGUAUCUUGACGCCGAGCAUGAAGAUGGCUAUUACCGUGAUCAAAGUGUCUUCGGCGAUGGCAUCAACAUCGAAGACACGAUGGGCGUGCUGGUGAGCUACCAGUCCGGGGCUAUCAUGACUUAUAGCCUUAAUGCAUACUGUCCAUGGGAAGGAUUCAGAGUUUGUUUCAAUGGAACUGGAGGUCGCUUGGAGAUGGACGUACUUGAAGAAUCUUAUGUCAACGCAGGAGGCGAUCAGAGCAAGGAGGGUGCUGUAGCGCAUACAAAAAUCACGGUGCACCCCAUGUUUGCACCGCCAUAUGAGGCCGAGGUGGUUGAAGGAGAGGGAGGCCACGGCGGUGGUGACCCUGUCUUAUUGAACGACCUUUUUGGGACACCUUUGCCUGAUCGCUUGAAUCGUGCUGCGUCCCAUGUGGACGGAGCUAUGUCUAUCCUGACAGGAAUUGCAGCCAACAAGGCUAUUCGAACUGGACAGGCUGUCCAGGUUAAAGAACUGGUUCAAUUUUGA